AAAAUUUAAACUUGGUGAUGAACAACUUUCUAUAUUAGCAAUACAAACCUUGGAAGCAAGCGUAAUAGCUCAUGAAUCAACUUAUCGUUUUCUGAAACUCCGAUUUGCUGUGGGGCCAAGGUGAGUUUUUAAGGAGCUCAUGGUGUGUACCCGUAGCAUGACCAACAAUGGAAGAGCGCAGGAAGAGGAGGUUCCGGCGAGUAGUUCAGAUGCGAUGACUAUGCUCCUAGAACUACAAAAGCAGCUAGAUGAAUUAGAAAAGAGACAUGCGGAGGAGAUAGCCGCGUUGAAAGAAGAAACUAAGAUGAAGAGGAAGCUUGAAGAAAUAGGUCAGGAUUGUUCCAAAGGUCCAAGCUUGAAGACCCCAAGAUCAAGUACCCCUACGUCAUCCCUUCGGUCAGUGCAGGCACAGGGAUCCCCACCCAAGGUAAGGGGUAUAGCUAACACCGCCGUCACUGCCCUCAGUGAAAGGUGGUGGCAUCCAUUCACAGAUGAUAUCAUGGAGGUGCCUCCGCCCGAUAAUUGGCAAUGGUUAACUAUUGACCAGUACGACGGUACCACGGAUCCUGAUGAGCAUGUUAAAGUGUACGUUACUCAUGUUAGCGUAUAUAGUACGAAAGAUGCAAUUUUCUGUCGAGCCUUUCCCACUUCCCUAAAAGAUGAAGCCUUUAGUUGGUUUUCAGAGCUCCCUCCCAUGUCAAUCAAUUGUUUUGCCACAUUGGUAGCUCGGUUUGGCUCCCGGUUUGCGAGCAGUCGCCCAGAUAAUGUUAUCUCAACUAUGGCUCUGCAAUAUAUUCGGCAAGAGAAAGGAGAGGCACUUAGGACCUUCAUGGAACGGUUUGGAAAGCUGGCGUUGAAAAUCAGGAAUCUUUGUCCUCAAUUAGCAUUGUAUUGCAUGAUGGCAGCGUUAAGACCUGGGCCCUUUCUAGACAGCUUAGCCAGGGAGCCGACGACCGACCUCAACGAGCUGAGACAGAGGGCGGCGGAAUAUAUUCGGUUGGAGGAGGCCAGGGAGCUUAUAGGAAAUAUGAGGGCUGAGAACAGCCCAACUGACAAGAAAGCUCAUGACCAAUAUAGACAUCACAAAUCUUUACCUCGGCUUAAGGAGAUAAGACAACCUCGAUUCAAUCAAUACACGCAGUUGAAUGUAACAAGAUUGCGCGCCUUGGAAGAAGCUCUUAAUACGGAUCUUAUACAAAAACCAAGGAAAUUAGCCACAUCGCCGAAUGCUGACAUGUCUAGGCAUUGUCGGUAUCACCGAAAGUAUGGGCAUGAAACGGAAGAGUGUGUGGCCUUGAAAGACAAAAUAGAAGAGCUUGUACAAGCGGGACACCUCAGACAGUUUGUCCAAAGAGGGGAGCAUGGUCGCGAAGGCCACAAUCGAAUAGUAGAGUCAAGAAGAACGAUAGAGGAUGACUCUGAUGACAGGACUAACUCAAGGCAACGCCGCGCUACUCGAGAGAAGGAUGCCAUAUCAUCGGAUUCAAGAGGUCAGAUCAUCCUAAGCAAGCGGGCAAGAAUGUACAAGAGUCAGUUAGUUUGUGGAAGGGACACUGAUGUUCUUAGUGUUCCUUUCCUUGCAAUAUAUGAGUCUCUAAUACCUCCUGAAGAAGAAAAGAAGAAGCAAAAGCAAGUAGUGGCAUUAUUGGAGAAAUUAGUUAGAAAAGAAUGGCCAGCAGCUAAGCUUCAUCUCUAUGGAUCAUGUGCUAAUUCGUUUGGUGUUUCUAAAAGUGACAUUGAUGUUUGCCUUGCUAUUGAGGAAGCAAGUCUGGACAAAGCUAAGAUUAUAAGGAAAUUGGCGGAUAUUUUGCGAUCAGAUAAUCUGAAGAAUGUGCAGGCAUUGACACGUGCACGGGUUCCCAUAGUAAAGCUCAUGGAUCCAGUGACAGGAAUCUCUUGUGACAUAUGCAUUAACAAACUUCUAGCUGUUGUGAAUACAAAGCUUCUUCGGGAUUAUGCACUCAUAGAUCCAAGGUUACGGCAGCUAGCCUUCAUUAUCAAACAUUGGGCUAAGUCAAGAAGAGUCAAUGAAACUUACCAUGGAACUCUGUCUAGCUAUGCGUAUGUUUUGAUGUACAUUCAUUAUUUACAAAUGAGAAGACCUGCCAUCCUUCCAUGCUUGCAGGAGAUGGAGACAACGUAUUCUGUGACUGUGGAUGAUAUUAAUUGUGCUUUCUUUGAUAAAGUUGAAAAACUUAGAGAUUUUGGUCGCCACAACAAGGAAACAAUUGCUCAGCUUGUGCGUGGAUUUUUCCACUAUUGGGCAUAUUGUCAUGAUUAUGCAAAUUCUGUUAUAUCUGUACGCAAAGGAAGCAUUAUCAGCAAACGAGAGAAGGACUGGACUAGAGGGAUUGACAAUGAUCGGCAUUUGAUAUGUAUAGAGGAUCCUUUUGAAACAUCUCAUGAUCUUGGAAGAGUGGUAGAUAAAUAUAGCAUCAAAGUUCUGAGGGAAGAGUUUGAACGUGCUGCUGAAAUUAUGCAGAAUGAUCCAAAUCCGUGUAUUAGACUUUUUAAGCUCUAUGUUCCCAGUUGAUCUACUGUUUUGUUUUGUUUUGGAUGUAGAUUUUAUAGGUUAAAGAACUUUAUGGCCUUCUUAAUCUUUUACUUGAAAGGCAAGAAUUCAGUGUUACGUUGAA